AGUGCACAGGUGCGCAUUGCCCUUGAAGAGGCCCAGGUGAAGUACGAUUUCGUGUCGUUUCCUUUGGACGAGCGACCGGACGACUACGUCAAAAAUGUAUACCCUGCCGGUAAGGUUCCGUUGAUGGUAUACGGGGGCAUCGAAAGCUUCCCGGCCGGAAAGCUGCUCCCCGGAUCGGCAGUCAUAACUGAAUCCCUCGUCAUCCUCGAAUUCCUAGCAGACCUUUACCCAGAUGCCCGCCUCCUACCGGAGGACCCGGUGAAGCGGUCGCAGGCACGCAUCUUUAUGAACACCUUGAAUCUACGGAUGACAGAUGAUAUUGCGAAGAAGCAUACCUCGACCUGUUACCUCGACCUGUUAGAGGCCUUGCAAGCAACCAUGCCAGAAGUGGGUUAUGUAGUCGGGGAGUGGUCCAUUGCCAACGCCGCCCUCUUGCCGUUCCUGCUGUGGAUGUCGGUCAUCGUCAAGACAAGGGUCGGAUACUACGUGCGGCUCCACAACGUCGAGCAUGUGAAGGCGGAGUGGGCUUCUCCUCGAUUUGCGAGGCUUCCGCAGCACUAUGACCAGUCUAUUGCGCGACCGAGCACCUCAGUAACCUGGGACGAGGUAUGUACUCCAGCCUUCCGAUGUACUCGUGCUGAACCGAUCGGGAGCACCUACCUUGCAGGAAAAUGUCAUCAAUUACUGGCUCGCGCGAUUUGCGACGGAACUGUGAUCACUGAUGGUAAGACGAGAGACAGAGAGGGCAUUUGCGUUUCUGUAGCUCAACCGACAACCAUGACCGGCCUUCUCUCGCAUCCUGUGUCCCCAAGCCGUGCGUUAUCGUAUUAG